AUGAAGUUUGCUUCUACCGUUUUGGGCGUGGUGGUUGUAUCGGCUGGCGCAGUCGAUGCUUGGAGUUUCUCGGGCGUGUGGGACUCGUUCCAGCAUUGGAUGUUCGGAGACACUCCCGUGCACCACCGACAGAUCCACCACCACCAGUCGGAGUCAGGCAAGGCCACAGGUUCACUUGAUUUCACAGGAACUAACUGGGCCGUGAUUGUUGCCGGUAGCGAUGGCUACUUCAACUACCGUCAUCAAGCAGAUGCAUGCCACGCUUACCAGAUUCUGAGAGCCAAUGGCUACCCCGAAGACCACAUCAUUCUGAUGAUGAAGGAUGAUGUAGCUAACAAUAUCAGAAACCCAUUCCCUGGAAAUUUGAUCAAUCAGCCUGGAGGCGAAAACGUGUAUGAGGGGUGCAAAGUCGAUUACAGAGGUAGUGAUGUAACCCCUGAGAACUUCGAGAAGGUUUUGACCGGACAGAAAAUGCACGUGGGCAAUGGAAAGACACUCAAAUCUGGUCCCGACGACCACGUAUUUGUAAACUUCAUCGACCAUGGUGGUGUGGGUUUGAUUGCUUUCCCGGAGGGCAAGAUUGUGACAUCCAGGCAGCUGCACAGCACGCUUGAGAAGAUGAAGGACAACGACAUGUACGGCAAGCUGGUGUUCUACAUGGAGGCUUGCGAGUCUGGAAGUAUGUUUGACAAUUUGCUGCCCAACGACUGGAACAUCUUUGCCACCACUGCCUCUACUGGCAAUCAGUCAUCGUACGCUACCUAUUGGGAUAUGUCACGCCGCACAUUCUUGGGAGAUCUAUACUCCGUCAGCUGGAUGGAGGACAGUGACAAGCAUUUCUUCAUCGACCACGCCAAGGACAUCGAGACGCUCGAAAAGCAGUAUACGCAGGUAUAUGCCCGUACCUCCAAGAGCUCACAGCCUCAGCAGUAUGGCGAUAUCCCGUACGCUAACAAAGCCACCAUCGAGGAGUUCCAGCAAUACCAAGAUAACAACCUGAACAAGCCCAACUUUGGUCGCAAGCGCCGUGCGGACCAGCUUAAGUCUGGCAUGAACGGAAAGACAUAUGCUGAGAACAGAGUACAGGCUGAGUUGGAUGCCGUCUCAUCCCGUGAUGUGACCGCGCAGACACUGCAGCGACUCAUGGGCGCGAAUGAUGUCGACGACGAGCACCAGGCUGCUUUCGGAGACAUUGAGGCUGAAUUGCAGAAGGAGUACCGCAACAUUCAGCGUGCAGAGGACCGCUUCAUGUCUGUGGCCUGGAAUGUAGCCGGCAGCAAGUCGAAUGGAUUGCACGAGAAAUACGUGAGCUCCAUCAAGGACCACGAUUGUCUCUCCGACAGCAUUGUGGCGUUCCACGAAGAGUGCCACCCGAUUGACGAGUACCACAUUCGCUUCACACGUGUGUUGGCACACCUGUGCGAUAGUGGACACACUGCCACAGAGGUAAAAUCUGCCAUUGUGAACACACCUUCUUGCCAGUGGUAA